AUGAGUAUGACUGCAUGUAACUUAGAGCGGCCUCGCGCUGUUUACGUGUGGAUCAUUUGCAACUUUAUGGAACCAUAUUCUGAUGAGUUGAAACCCCUUUUCGUCAGAUGGCUCGAGGAGACAGCGAUCGUCGCUACGAAGAAGGGAACGAAGGCUGCAAUAUUGUAUAAUAAGGCUUUAGACAAGGUGAAAAAUUAUCCGCUGGAUAUCACUACUCCCAAGCAAUUACGUCUGAUUCAAUUUGUGGGGGAUAAAACGGUGACACUUCUUACCAAUAAACUCCGACUGUUUUGUAAAGAGAAUGGGUACCUGGUGCCCGAACAUUUUGCUCCUCAUCCUAGUGACGAUUCAGUGGAACUACAAAAGAGCGACGAAGGACCCUCUUCUCGCAAACGCGCCAAAAGAGCGUACAUACCUCGACGAAGAUCUGGUGGGUAUGCCAUCUUGAUUGGGCUCUAUAUAGGGUGCAAGAACCGAAAUCGGGCUGGGUUGCGGAAACAGGAGAUAAUUGAUCUCGCCGCUCCGUACUGUGAAAAGUCGUUUUCAUCAAACCCUGCUAAUAAUGAAUUCUAUUCUGCCUGGACUGCAAUCAAGGUCCUUGAGUCAAACGACUUGGUGGUCUCUUCUGGAAGAGCUCCUCGCUUGUAUAGUCUCACCGAAGAAGGAGAAGAAUUGGCAAAGAAGUUAAAGCAGGCAGAUAACCUCACUUCUUCUCCUACACAAAAUGUGGCCGAUUUCUCGUUUGAUAACGAUGUACGAGUAUCGCCUGAAAACAGCCGCAAUGCCCUGUCUCCCGCAGGAAUAAUCUGCCCUUCAUCUCCAACUCGACUGCUUAAACCUUACCAUGAUACAGCCAACAAACAGCUUGAUGGUGUUCGUUACGACAUCUGGGAAAAAGAGGAGUUUGAAAUCAUCCUCAUAAUAGACAGCCGAGAAGUUCGCUCAAGGGAAGAUCGUGGAUUCUUUCAAAACCGCCUUAAGAGUCUCUCUGUCAACUGUGAGUCGCGAGCAUUGUCUGUAGGCGAUGCCGUGUGGGUUGCUCAGAAUAAGCGAACGGGACGAGAAGUUGUUCUAAACCACAUCUGCGAGCGGAAACGGUUGGACGAUUUGGUCUUUCUGAUUAGAGAUGGGCGUUUUCAAGAACAAAAGAACCGGCUUAAACAGGCCGCCAUGAAGCACUAUUAUUAUCUUGUCGAGGAAGGAGGUAUAUCCGACCUCCCCAAGCACAAUGAUGGAGCUGAUGCAGUCAAAACGGCCAUAGCUACUACAAUGACUAACUCCAAUUUCUACUUGAAAAGAUUCAAAUCGGUAGAUGAAACAUUGUCCUUUUUCGUCACCACAACAGAAGCGAUAAAGAAUCAUUUCGAGGCAAGCAAUACAAAGCUUGUUGUUCUAAAACCUGACCAAAUAUCAUCCCACCGCGAGUAUGCUAAUCUAUUAACUAUGUUCAGAACCGAGUUCGAGAACCGGCGUUCGCCCUACGAAUGCGUCCAUAUCUUUUCAACUUUUCAGGAGAUCAUGUCUAAGAGCGGAAUGCGAUCAGUAAGAGAGCUUUUCUUGCUCAUGCUAAUGGCAAUACGAGGAGUAUCUUUGGAGAGAGCACUCACCAUACAAACUCACUUUCAAUGCCCGCGCAACCUCAUUGAAUAUUACAAAAAGUCGAAUGUUUCUCCUGAAGAAAAAAAGCUUUUGCUCUCCAACCUCUUCAAAAAUGAAAUUGGAAACAAAAAGGUCGGCAAGGUGGUCCUGGAACGUAUCUACGAGGUUUGGGGAGACUGUGAUUUGACGGAACUGGCAGUUACAUAA